AUGAGUGUGCAAAAGGAAGAUGUGGAAAAGUUCCUCAAAGGGAACCCUGAAUUUGCUAAAAAGUACUUUGCCAAGAAGAUGAACCCCGCCUUCAUAUCGAAGGCGUCAGGACUCCCAGAGAAAAAGGUCGACUUCAGCCAGUUCCAGGAGCUCAGUCAGUUUGAAGAAAGCCAAAUCAUGUAUGAGGUGAUCAAAGACAUGCAGGAGAACAUCAACAUGGAAAAGGUGGUCUUUAAGAUCCUGAAGAGAAUCAGCGCGCUCAUCCACGCAGACCGAUGCAGCCUGUUCAUGUACCGGCAGCGGAAUGGCAUUGGAGAGCUCGCCACAAGGCUCUUCAAUGUCACCACGGAGGCAAAGUUUGAUGACUGUGUGGUGCCACCAGACUCUGAGAUCGUCUAUCCACUGGACAUGGGAAUAGUCGGCCACGUGGCUGUGACCAAGAAGCCUGUUAAUGUGAAAGAUGUCACACAGAACCAGCACUUCAGCUCAUUUGUGGAUGACCUCACAGAUUACCAGACCAGGAACAUUCUGGCGGCACCCAUCCUCAACGGCAAAGACAUGGUGGCUGUGAUCAUGGCUCUGAACAAGACCACGGGACCACAUUUCACUGCUGAAGAUGAAGAUCUUUUUCUAAAGUAUCUGAAAGUUGCCAAUUUGAACUUGAAGAUCUACCACCUGAGUUACCUCCACAGCUGUGAGACACGUAAAGGACAGCUGCUGCUGUGGUCUGCCAACAAGGUAUUUGAAGAGCUGACAGACAUUGAGCGACAGUUUCACAAAGCCUUGUACACAGUCCGAGCCUACCUCAACUGUGACCGCUACUCUGUUGGUUUAUUAGACAUGACGAAGGAGAAGGAAUUCUUUGACAUCUGGCCAGUGUUGAUGGGAGAGCAGGCACCUUACUCUGGCCCAGUCACGCCUGAUGGCAGGGAGGUCAUUUUCUACAAAGUGAUUGAUUAUAUAUUGCACGGAAAAGAAGACAUCAAAGUAAUACCCAAUCCGCCUCCAGAUCACUGGGCCUUGAGUAGCGGCCUGCCCACUUACGUUGCUGAGAGUGGUUUUAUUUGUAACAUUAUGAAUGCAGCUGCUGAUGAGACGUUCCAGUUUCAGACUGAGCCACUCGACAGCAGUGGCUGGACGAUAAAAAAUGUUCUCUCGCUGCCAAUCGUCAACAAAAAAGAAGAGAUCGUUGGUGUGGCCACUUUUUACAACAGAAAAGAUGGAAAGCCUUUUGAUGAUCAGGAUGAGCAGCUCAUGGAGGCUUUGACCCAGUUCCUGGGCUGGUCCGUUUUGAACACGGACACUUAUGACAAGAUGAACAAGCUGGAGAAUCGGAAAGACAUAGCUCAAGACAUGGUGCUUUACCAUGUCAAAUGUCGGGAUGAUGAGAUUCAGAAUAUCCUGAACACCAGAGAAGUCUAUGACUGUGAACCCAGAGACUGUGAAGAGGAGGAGCUCCUAGAUAUCCUGAAAAAAGACCUACCUCCACUGAUUAAGAAGUUUGAGAUCUAUGAGUUCCGCUUUUCGGAUUUUAACUGCACAGAGAUGGACCUGGUGAAGUGCGGGAUCCAGAUGUACUAUGAGGUCGGGGUAGUCAAAAAGUUCCAGGUCCCUCAAGAGGUGCUGGUUCGGUUCAUGUACUCAGUCAGUAAAGGUUACAGAAAAAUCACCUACCACAACUGGCGUCAUGGUUUCAACGUGGGGCAGACCAUGUUUACACUUCUAACGACAGGAAUGCUGAAGCGGUACUACACUGACUUGGAAGUAAUGGCCAUGAUAACUGCAGGCUUUCUCCAUGAUAUUGAUCACAGAGGGACCAACAACUUGUACCAAGUCAAAUCUGGCAACCCUCUGGCCAAGCUACAUGGCUCCUCCAUCUUGGAAAGGCACCAUCUAGAGUUUGGAAAGUUCCUCUUGGCUGAUGAGUCACUGAAUAUCUACCAGAACCUUCACAGGAGACAGGUAGACCAUGUGAUUCAUCUCAUGGACAUCGCCAUCAUCGCCACUGACCUGGCUCUUUAUUUCAAGAAAAGAACCAUGUUCCAGAAGAUCGUGGACCUUUCGCACACAUAUGAGGAUGAAAAGAAGUGGGUAGAUUUCAUGUCUCUAGAAACAACCAGAAAAGAAAUCGUCAUGGCUAUGAUGAUGACUGCAUGUGACUUGUCAGCUAUCACCAAACCUUGGGAGGUACAGAGCAAGGUUGCCUUGUCUGUAGCAGCAGAGUUUUGGGAGCAGGGUGACCUGGAGAGGACAGUAUUGGAACAGCAACCUAUUCCUAUGAUGGACAGAAACAAGGCAGCAGAGCUUCCAAAACUACAGUGUGGUUUCAUUGACUUUGUCUGCACGUUUGUCUACAAGGAGUUUUCUCGCUUCCACCCACAAAUCCAGCCCAUGCUGGAUGGCAUCCUAAACAACAGGAAGGAGUGGAAUGCUAGAAAAGAAGAGUAUGAGGCUAAACUGAAAGCCAUAGAAGACGAGAAGGCUGCUAAAGAGGCAGCCGCAGCCAGUAAAGGUACUACAAACAACACCAGUGGUGGAGGCUCCAAGACCUGCUCAGUGUGCUAAAAGGUCAAAAGUCUGUGCACAUGAUGGGCGUGCACAUUGACAGCUCAUGACAGACUGACUUACAGUAUUACCUGGGUACCACAGCCAGUCAGUCAGUCUCAACACCAGUAAAGUACAUAAAGUAAAUAAAGUCAGAAAGACAGAUAUGCGAGUGAAUGCACAGCCCCGUAGUAUUUCUUCAGAUAAACUGGUUCAGAUCAGAAAAGAAAAACCUGAACAUGGAAAGAAUCCUCACCAACAAGAGCAAUGUUUUAACACUAACCAGGUGAUAUAAAAAAUGAAUCCAGAACAAGGCAAGUCACAGGGUAUUUUGAGGAUUAAUCUUAGUUCAGAUGGAAAGAUGCUGCAUGUAUGUAUGUGUGCUUGUUUGUUGUGUGACACACUUUUAUUUUUCUUUAAAGUAGUUAUGAAACACAGCAAAAAUGAGAGGAUAAAACUUGUACAUACAUCUGUGUAGUAAAUGAUACCCAUGUACAGUAUGUAUUAUGUAAGUGUGACAGUAAAAGUUCAGUCUUUGCUGCAAAGCCCAAGUCACUGUAGAUUGUUUAUCAUGUUUGGAGUAUAUUGUACAUUAACAUAAUAGUCAGCUAGGGUUUCAGAAUGUAAAAUCAAAUAACGGGUAGAAAGAACUAUAAUGAAACUACUGUACAUAUUCCAAUAAUUCAAAAUGACCAUAUCAUGUUCACAUCUUCCAGUCACUUACCAUUUACAUCUGAGAGUUUGUUUACCUUGAUUUCAGAUAGAUGACAAGACUGCCGCAGUAAAAGAUGCAUAUACAUAUUAGUGUGGUUCCUUUUUAUGGCAAAGGCAUAGAAAUUUUACUUUACUGUCCGCGAACAAGCCUGUAGUUGCUUCUUCAUGAUGCCUUCAUACUGUACAUACGUCUGAGAGUAGUUGAGAAUGUUAUAUCUUAUGAAUAAUUACAAAUGUCUUAUUAAUCAAGAGCACAUUGAAACUCAGUCACUAUUCUGGAAAUUAGAUUGUUCUGUGUGAACUGAAUAAUUGGACCUCAAAGGCAAUCCCACUUUUUUAUGGUGGCAGGAGGAACCAUCUGUCUCCAACUACUGCAAAUAUUUACCACUUAUUAAUCCCUGUUGGGAAUUUCAUCCUCUGCAAUGGUCCCAUCCAUAAAUAGGAGCAGGGGUCAGCCCUAGCACCCGAGGACUGUAGUUCUGAGGCCACUGUCUUGGAGUAUUUAUAAUAGCAAACAACGAUAUGUUUUAAUGUGAAAGGAAACGUAAAAGUAGAGAACAAGCAAACUCCACACAAAAAAGGAUCAGGUCAAAGACCUGACCCCGGGGACUGUGACGCAACAGCGCUAACCCACUCGUCCACCAUGUAUCUGCACUAACAAUUUCUGCAGACAGACAAUGAAGGCUGCAAAGAGCUGUUUGAGACAAAACAAGUUCUUGUAAUGACUUGUAAUGUACAUAUUUUCUUCCUCCCUGUACAUAUAUAAAAAAAUAUUUUUCUAGUUGAAAUAUAGAAGCUUAUUUUGUAAACAGUGAAAUUAGUGUGAUUUGUAAGCACUGGCAAAUGAGG